CUCUCCUCUCUUCUAAACAUUUUUAUCUAUCCUUUCCUUCCCGCACCAUUCUCAUUCUCAGUCUCAUAGUCAUUGACACGCUCUCUUAACUUCUCUCAUAGACUCUUCCAAUGGCUGUUCUUCUAGACAACUGUGAAGGCAUUUUACUCUCUUUGGACUCACACAAAUCAGUGCCAGCUCCUUUCCUCACCAAGACAUACCAACUUGUGGACGAACCCACCACAGAUCACAUUGUUUCUUGGGGCGAAGACGACACCACCUUCGUCGUUUGGCGUCCUCCUGAAUUCGCCAGAGACCUUCUUCCUAACUACUUCAAACACAACAACUUCUCCAGCUUCGUUCGCCAACUCAACACCUAUGGUUUUAGAAAGAUUGUGCCAGACCGAUGGGAGUUCGCGAACGAAUUCUUCAAGAAGGGAGAGAAACACUUGCUGUGCGAGAUCCAUAGAAGAAAAACGGCUCAGCCUCAACAAGGAAUCAUGAACCACCAUCACCACCAUGCUCAUUCUCCGUUGGGAGUCAACGUUAACGUUCCAACUUUCUUUCCCUUCUCCAGCAGAGUCAGCAUCUCUACUUCCAACGACUCCGACGACCAAUCCAACUGGUGCGACUCGCCGCCACGUGGAGCCACCUCAUUGGUGAACGGUGCAGCAGCAGCCAACUACAACACUUCCGUCACGGCGCUUUCGGAGGACAACGAGAGACUCAGAAGAAGCAACAACAUGCUCAUGUCGGAACUCGCGCACAUGAAGAAGCUCUACAAUGACAUCAUCUACUUCGUUCAGAACCAUGUCAAGCCAGUGGCUCCAAGCAAUUCUUACUCUUCUUCUUUGCUACUAUGCAAUACACCUUCUGCCACUCCAAUAAGUAGUGCCAAUAAUGUUUCAAUGAUGCAAAGGCCAAUGAACCAGCUUCUGGGGUAUUAUUCUACUAACCCUAAACAAGGAGCUACACAAAUUACUCAACCUCAGACCUAUGUUGUGAACUCUCCCACCAACACAUCAAGGAGUUCUAUAACAAUUUUUGAAGGGCCUGCCAGCAGUAACAUUAAUAGCUGCAAGACCAAGCUUUUUGGGGUGUCGCUGCAGUCCAAGAAAAGGGUGCACCCGGAUUGUGGAUCUAAUCCAGAGACCAACAGGGCUCGUUUGGUUUUGGAAAAAGAUGACUUGGGCUUGAAUCUCAUGCCUCCAUCCACUUGUUAGUUCCACUACUGAUGAUUAAUUCUAAGAAAAAGUAUGAUAUCCCAAGCUAGCUAGCUACUUAUAUUAAUUUUCUUUUACUUGCUUUGAUUUGUUUUCUUUUUUCUUUUUUAACUUUUUAAAUCACUACUCUCAAGUUUUGAGUCUUGGAGGAGGCAGAUGAUAUUGAUGGAAACGUGAGUGUGUGUGUGCGUGCGUGGGUUCGUUUGUGUGACUGUUUUUGUGAUUCUGUGUACAUAUAACUUAGUGCCGAUAUUAUUAUCUUUGCUCCCGACCCAUCAUCUAUUGAUGUAGGUGGGUUUUGGUUAGACUAAAAGAUCAGAAAUUAAAGCAAAACUCUAAAUGUUCUUCAA